GAGGGCUAACAUAGUCUUUUCAUAAAAAAGCUGAGGUUUUAGGCUUUCAGAUUCUCUUCUCUCGUUCUAGCUUAGCUUUGUCGAACCUGCAAGUUUUGUGACUUGACGAAAACGGAGCCAACAGCAGAGUGAGUGAAGUGUGAAGAUGACCACCUCAUCAUCAAUGGCGUUCAUUCACAACGUGUGUUCCGCUUCCUUCACACGUGCGUUUCGUACUCGCACCUUAGUAGCCACUACCAUUAUAUCUUCACAAAAGCACAACAACCUCUCCACCGCCACUACCACACCCACUCUCACACUCACGCCAUCUUCUUCUUCCUUCUCCUCCUCUCGUAUCCAGAACAACGACUCCAAAGUCCUCCUGGGUUUGUCCGAGUCCGACCUUCAACAAGUCGCCCUUGACUUUGGUCAGCAAGGCUACAGAGGGAAGCAAUUGCAUCAUCUUAUUUACCAGAGAAAGAUCAGAGAAGUUGAGGAAUUUAGUCAGUUGCCUCAGGCAUUUAGGAAAGAGCUUCAGGAAGCUGGAUGGAGAGUUGGGCGGUCUCCCAUUCACAGUUCUGUCACUGCAGCUGAUGGAACUAUCAAGUUAUUGAUAAAGUUGGAGGAUAACAGGUUGAUUGAGACUGUUGGUAUACCAGUUGUAGAUGAAAAAGGUCCAAUGCGGCUUACUGCCUGUGUCUCGUCACAGGUGGGCUGCCCUUUGCGCUGCUCAUUUUGUGCAACUGGAAAAGGGGGGUUUUCAAGGAAUCUUCAGCCACAUGAAAUUGUUGAACAGGUGUUGGCUGUUGAGGAAACCUUCAAGCAUAGGGUCACAAAUGUAGUGUUCAUGGGAAUGGGUGAGCCAAUGAUGAAUCUGAAGUCUGUACUUGAAGCACACCGUUGCCUGAAUAAGGAUAUACAAAUUGGUCAAAGAAUGAUUACAAUUUCGACUGUGGGGGUUCCAAACACUAUUAAAAGGCUGGCUUCUCACAAACUUCAGUCCACAUUGGCAGUCAGCCUGCAUGCUCCUAAUCAGAAACUCAGGGAAACAAUUGUGCCUAGUGCAAAAUCCUACCCUUUGAAUGCAAUUAUGAAUGAUUGCAAGAAUUACUUCCUUGAAACCAAUCGAAGGGUGUCUUUUGAGUAUGCACUUUUAGCUGGAGUGAAUGAUGCUGUAGAGCACGCAAUAGAACUUGCAGAGCUGCUCCAGGAGUGGGGACGUAUUUAUCAUGUGAAUCUGAUACCUUUCAACCCAAUAGAGGGAUCGGAAUUUAAGCGGCCAAGCAAGAGACAAGUCUCAGCAUUUGCAGCUGCUCUGGAAUCCCGUAAGAUAACUGUUAGUACACGCCAAACAAGGGGCCUAGAGGCAAAUGCAGCUUGUGGGCAGCUGAGGAACAAGUUUCAAAAGAACCCUCUGGUCCUUGACUCGGACAGUGUACAGACUGAAUCAGAUGUUGCAGUUGCUUGUUGAUCUCAAAAUCUUCAUGGGCAAGUUUUCUCUUCGAACCCAUGUACAGAUGUCCUCACAUCUUCGUCUCAAAGAAGCUUGAUGGAAAUGGUGGACGAGAUUCAGCAUGGUAUACUCCUCUACUCGGGGAAAAAUCCCUAGUCUGACUCUAAAGUUCUAACUCCUUCACAUAGUUUGGAGGGAGAACUGGAAAAUGAAAGUGCUCUUUUGCUGAUGCAAAGUACGACCAACUGUUGUCGCCUUGUUGGCCUCCGGGAAACACGAGAGAAUUUAGUCAGUUUUGCUUUAAAUUUAUAUAUAAACAUAUGGGAUUUGCUAUCCUUGAAUGGAUUUGUAUAAUGAUCUUAAGGGGUUUUUCCCUCAUUUAGCGUGAUAGACUUUUAUCAUAAUAAAAAUACAUCUUCACAA